UUCUUGUUUGGUAGGCGUAGACAUUUGCUUAAGCUAUGUUUCAGGAAAUUGUCCGAAUUUUACGUCCGAAAUUCGCCCAAAACUAGAUAAAAAGUUAUUGUCCGAAAAUUAAACGUGCGAAAUAAAUCAUACGAAAGUUUAACGUCCAAAAUUCUUUUAUAAGUAAUAUAGUACACACGCAGGCUACCCAUAACACCGAUUACAAUCAUUGUGUUCUUAUGGAACAGAUCCUGGACGUUGUUGCAUUGCAAGUUUGCCUUGAAGCUCUUAGCCCAUCCGCUGAAAUUUUGCUGAAGCCGGAAUCUAGGCGAGCUUGGUGUGACAAAGUAUUGUCCAUCAGACCAGCAGUGGAAGACAUGAUGAGAAAAGAAAGGUUUGGACCCGUUACAGAGAUGAGCUCAAACUACGGAGAGAAAUCCACAGUAUUGCUUGGUCAAUGCAGAUCCAUGUGGCAACGAGAAGGAGCUGUCAGACUGUUUGUAGAACACGUGACCUUGUUUGACGAGCAAGAUGAGAGUGUGGUCAGACUAUGGAAGGCUUUGGGAGAUGAAACUGACUUUUCGUCGCUGAGAUCUCUGCAGACUAUUGAGAAAUUUCUAAUCAGCCUCAGUGAAGACGUCCAAAUAAGGGCCGAUGAAAGUACCACUUCCGAGUUUCGACGCCGCUGCAACGCCUUUUUUAUGGAGCUAGUGUCCAUAUUUUGUUUUGGUGACUCAGCAUCUAAAGACUUGGAACAAGAAGCUAUUUCCCUUCUUAUGCGUUAUGUUAUCGGCCGCCAGUCAACUCAAACAAAAGAUUUCUCGCCGUUUCCCGACUAUGGUAUCGACCCCACCCCUGUGGUGCGUUCUUUUCUCCUCCAACAGCUCCUCCGUUCGAGCACAAAGGUGGUGAAAGAGCAUUUGGAAAUUUUCUUGCAAGAGGCUCAAGGCUUGAAUCCAGAACCCCAGCACAUUAAAGAGGUCUGCUUUUUGUACGUGCAGUGUAUGGAGGACAUUCUAAUAAGCCGGUACCAAUCCAAAGUGGCCGAUUCGAAGUUGACAGUAAAACUCAAAUAUGCCAAAAAGAUUUGCGAUGAGGCAUUUAAAGCUCUCACAGGCAAUGAAGAAGGUUCGUUUGAGAUAGACGCAAACGCACUGGAAGGUGUCGCAAAAGGACGUUACGUCCUAUCACUCGUAGCAGACUUCCUUUACAAGUGGUUUAUUGAAGGAGAUAGUAGCUAUACUAAAGACCUUGAUGUUGAGAGAGAAGCUGGCUACCUACUUGAUUCUGCUAGAAAGCUUUGCAUGGAAGGUUCAAGCACCACGCCGCAGCUCUACCUUCUUAAACAGCUUGUCAGACGGUAUGGUUUUGACUGCGUUCGCACUAUGGGUGGCUAUAAGGAACUAGAGUGGAUUCUUCCACCAGAAGCUCGACAGCAGGAGGAUGAAGUCAUUCAAGACAGGUUCAUUGUCCACGAGAAGCACUAUCGGGCACUUCGUGAAGGACUGGCAAAAACUGUCAUCAGUGGAAAUAUCCAAGACAUUGUAACAGCUAUCACGGAAAUCGAAGAACAAGGUGUCAACAUAGACAUCCUUCUUCUCUUGGCAUUGUACCGUGAAAUAACUUUGGCAAAUACGUCUUUAGUUCAGAGUCCAAAGUCCGAGGAGGCCAAGAAAAAUCUGGAUGAUUUCAUCAAAAACGAAGGACAUGUUUCCGUGACGGCUCAACCUUUUGCCAGACAACUUCUAGAAAAUAGCCAAGGAGGCCAAUUUAAGGAACUUCAAGUUUUUCGCGGAAAGAGCCCGCAAGAACACACCUUAGCUGAAAUUGUCAUCCACAUGUCAGCAGCCUUACAGUGCGUUGGUUCAGGCUCAUUGGCUCAACCUCUUUACAAGCUAUUGACAAAUCCAUCCGCGAUGCAGACUUCCUUCCUACCAACCAUGCCCGAGGACAACUUUCUCGAGUGUAUCAAUGUCAUUGCCGAGACUAUGAAAGGAACUCGUUGGGUCGGAGAGUGGUAUGAGUGCGGAAAUUGUAGACAUCCGUAUUUUAUUGGGGAGUGUCAACAGCCGAUGCAGAAGGGUACGUGUCCCGACUGCGGAAAGGUAAUGGGAGGAGAGCAACACAAGUUCCUAGGAGAGUACAAGGUUUCCGAUAGAAACGAUAGAACGAAGACCGGCCACGCGCUUGGACAUCCUGGUUCGAGACCUACUUGUGCUGAGCCGCAGAGAAAGAUGUCACCGAUAGUGUGCGGUCUCCUUGCUCUCUAUGUUAGGACUGCGAAGUUUCUUCCAGAAGCUCAAACAGAACUGAAUCAGUAA